GAUCGGGAGGUCAAAGUUGAAUUGACUAAAAACAUGGUUGAACACGGGGACAUCCGCGUGGUUCACCGAGGUGGCAGUAAAAUCAACUCCAGGGAGCCUGUCGUCACCAACGACUCCAGGUUCCUGCUGUGCGCCUCGGGAGAGCGCGUGAAGGUGUUCAGCACCUCCACGGAGGAGUGCGUGCACGACCUGCGGGGACACACCGACUUGGUGACCGGUGUGCUGCUCAGACCCACCAACCACCUGCAGGUCUACUCUUGCUCAGUAGAUGGCACUGUCAGGCUUUGGGACUUCACAGAUGGCAUCCUUAUUAAGACUUACGACAUCGGAUACCCGGUUUACGCCAUCUACGCGUCUGCAAACCACGAAGGGGUCUUCUUUAUCGUUACUCCCACGCAAAGUGACAACAGAUCUGAGUUGUUCCAGCUGGUUGCGGUACAUCUUCCGCAGAGUGGAGAUCAGUUGGUGGAGGCCCAAGAGCUUUCUGCUGUGCUCAGCAACGUCAGUUCCAACCCGGCAGCCACCGGCUUCGGCAGAGGGGGGGAAUAUAUCGCUUCGGCUAAAGGUUUACAUCUGGAGGUCUACUUCUUCAAGAAGCAGAAGUCAUACAGGUUUUCCCUCAAAGAAGACAACAAGAAGGGAGGCAAGAACACAUUGAUGUGCAUUGCUUGUCACCCAAAGGACGACUGCAUUGCAACCGGUCAUGAAGAUGGCAAGAUUCGCUUGUGGAGAAACUUCAACCACAAGAAGGAAUACACGUACACCACGCUGCACUGGCACCACAACGCCGUCAGCUCGCUGCGCUUCACACCAGAAGGCACCAACCUGUUGAGCGGCGGCUUGGAGUCGGUGCUCGUCCAGUGGCGAUACAACCAAGAGAGCGAGCGGGACUUCCUGCCCCGCUUGGGUUCUGCCAUCACGCACAUCGCCGUCUCACCUGAUGGAACGCUGUUCUGCACCUCACACAGUGACAACAAGAUUACGAUAAUCCAGAGUUGUGUUAAAGUGUCGGCUGUCAUUCAGGGCCUGGUCAACGGUGAAAGUGUCCGCACAGACUUGAUGGUGGACCCACGCAGCAAAUCCUUGGUGCUGAACGGGAAGCCAGGCCACCUGCAGUUUUACUCCCUCCAAAGAGACAAACUGCUGUACAACCUGGACAUAGUGCAGCAGGAGUACAUUCACGAGUUGGGCCUGCAGCAGUUCGAGGUGGUCAAGGUGGCCUUUGAUGCCCCCGGCAACUGGAUGGCAACCGUGGAGGAAAGAAAACCCAAAGCUGCCGAGCCGGAGAUCAACUUGAAACUCUGGGCAUUCGACGAGCAAACACAGAGUUUUGUGCUGAACACGACCGUCUCGGCUCCACACGAGGCCCAGAUUACCUCUAUGUGCUUUAGCCAGGCCGCCGACGGCCAGACCUCCAUGCUGGUCUCCGCCAGCGAGGACGGACACUUCAAAGCCUGGCAGCUGCCCAGAUCAGCCUGCACGGAGGACGAAGGUCCUUCCUGGUCGUGUGACUUCGUCGGAGACUAUCGCGGCCUGGCGCCACAGUGCUGUUGCUUCUCAGCCGACGGUUCUCUGCUGGCCGUCAGCUUUCAGGAGGUGGUGACAGUGUGGAGCCCGGCUUCCUGGGAGCUCCUGACGACGCUGUCCCAGCCGCCCAAAGCCAUCAGGGAUCUUUGCUUUGGCCGACUGGGCUGUUCCAAGUAUCUGAUGGGAACCACCGCCAGCAACCUGCUCUGCUGCUGGAACCUGCUCACCUGCUCACUGGAGUGGAGCACCUCGAUGGACGUCAGCCUGCUGCUGAGUGACCCCCUCACGGAGAACAUGGCCGCCUUCUGCUGUCAGGCUGAAAGCACCGACUUGUUUGUGUUCAAGCCCAGCGAGCCUCGCCCCGUGGCGUCCCUCAAGGCCGUGUGCUCGGGAAAGGUCACCCGCGCAGUCUUUGCCCCGAGGGAGGAGAUGCUGGAGAGCUGUGAGGAGAGCAGCCAGUGGCUCAACCGCUCGCAGCUCUACUUCCUCACUCAGCACAUGGACCUCAUGACAUUCACCACGAAGGCGGAGGAAGACAGACUGGCGGCCUCCAGCAAACAGCUUUUCAUCGAUGACAGCGUUGCCAUGACGCCGUUCUACCUGUUGCUCGGGAAACACCGGAAACAGGAAAAUCAAGACUCGCUGACCCGCCUGUCUGCCGAGCUGAUGCCUCUUCCUCGAGGCUCUCUUGCCAUUAAGGAGCUGCUGCAGUCCCCGGCCCACGUGUUGCCCUCCACCUCGGUCCUCUGUUCAAUGUUCGUAGAGUCUCUCCUCGUCUCCGUUGCCGACGGCAGUGAGGAAAGUAAACACGCAGAAGAGGAAAUGGAGAGCGAAAAGGAGGAAGAGGAUUCGGAGGGGGAAAUGGAGUCCAGGACCCCGAGACCAGAACCGGCCUCCCCGGGACUCCAGUCGGCCGAGUCCGCCGCUCCGGCUCUGACGAAAGCCCAACUCAAGGAGCUGAGGAGGGUGAAGAAACUCGACCACGGCUGGCUCGCGGACCUCCUGCUCUCUUGAACGUGACCUUGUACAAAGACGCUCACAAAGUCGGUGCCUAAAAGAAGAAAGUUUUCACCACCAUGUUUUUUUUUGGGGGGGGGGGGUUAAAUCAGAAUGGAUCUCCUGGAAAGGGAAGCAGUCUGCAGGUUUUCCCUUGUGUUUGGCUGCAGGUCCGAUGCGGCCGCCAAACACGCGAGCUUCCCCCUUUCCACUUCUCCCUGAAACUUCAUACACUUGCAUCGAUGCACGAGACUUCCACGUGCAUCAGCAAUAUGGGAUCCUCCAAUAUGUGAAACUGCCAACGUCACUGCUCGCGAGGCACAUCAGUAAAAUGGCUCCGUUACUUCACAAGGAUGGGGGAUGGUUAAGAGCUUAGAAAUAUACAUUUUGGAUUCAAAAGACCGUUUUAAUUUCAGUCUCUCGUGUCUGCUGGUAAUAACGAGCUGAGGACAUUACAUGUCUUUCAAUUAGAGUUAUGGUCAUGAUUGGUCUUCCUUUUUUUUACGGGAUAUUAAAUGAAAAGCAUCUGCCACAAAUAAAUACACAAUGACCUUUUUUAAAUUAUUUUUUCUGUACUUUCACAUAAAAGAAACCGGAUCAACUGAUUUUUAAAUGUUAAAACCAUAGAAAGUCCACGGGUGGGGGUGAACACUUGAACUCAAUAGGCACUGUAUGCAUACACACCAUUGUCUCUACUUUAAACCGUUUUCUCUACUAUAAACUGAAUAAAACAAACUUAUGCCUUUCUUAAA